AUGCGGGCCGACUUGGUUGCCCUUCUCACCGCGUCCGUUUUUGGACAUGCGUUUCUCGGCAUCCCCUAUGCCCGCCCGCCCGUGGACGACCUCCGGUUUGCGCCACCCCAACCGGCGCUACCGUUCGGGGACAUCUGGGCGCCGCGUGGCAAGGCAAAGAAGGACCUCCCGGUCAUAAUCUUCUUCUACGGGGGAGCAUUUAGCGCCGGCGGCACCAACGCACCAUACCUCAUCCCAGCGGAAUGGAUACAACGGACCCAAGAGCACAUCGUCAUCUCCUUCAACCACCGAGACAACAUCUUCGGCUACACCAACGCCGCCGGCCAACCUCCAGACCAGCAAAACCCCGGUCUCCUCGACGCCCGCCUCGCCAUCGAAUGGGUGCGCGACAACAUCGGCUCCUUCGGCGGCGACCCGACACGCAUCGGCCUCUGGGGCGAGAGCUCGGGCGCCAUUAUCAUCGCCUACUACAGCUACGUCUACCGCGACGACCCCAUCGCCAACAGCGUCAUCCUCGACUCGGGCAACGAGUUCAUCGACGUCCUCAGCCACGACCCGACCCACGCCAACUUCACCUACGUCGCCUCCGAGCUCGGCUGCGGCAACCUGUCCCCCACCGACGAACUCGCCUGCAUGCGCCAGGUCGACGCCUCCGCCAUCAACGACUUCAUCAGCACCUACGCCGCCGCCGGCCACACCCCACCGGUCUUCUUCUCCGCCACCGUCGACAGCACGACUGUCUUCGCCAACUACACCACACUAGCCCAGGCCGGCCAGAUCGCGCGCUUACCCGCCCUCAUCGGCAGCAACGCGCAGGAGGGCGUGUCCUUUCUCCCGUACGACCCCGACAGCGUCGACCAGGCCCUCGCUGACCAAAUGACGGCCGCCUUCUUCUUCUGCCCGACCUACCAGGCGGCGCGGGCGCGCGUUGCCGCGCAUGGCGGGGAGGUGCCGGUGUACCGGUUUGUGUACUCGGGGAACUUUACGAAUGUGAGUCCCAAGCCGUGGAUGGGCGCCUAUCAUGGCGCGGAGAUGCCGCCGGUUUUUGGGACGCAUAGCCUGUUUCGCGGGGAGUCGAGUGAGUUGGAGUGGGCGACCAGUCGGGCGAUGCAGGACGCGUGGGUGGAGUUUGUGGCGACGGCCGGGGAGCGGAUGGUGACGGUGGAGGGGUGGGAUGCGUGGAGGGAGGUGGAUGGGGGCAGGGUGGUGGAGUUUGGGAAUGGGGUGCCCGCGCGGUUGAUGGAUACCGCGGAGAUGGAGGAGCAGUGUCGGCAGCUGGGGCUGAGCUGAGAGGAUUGUCGAGGUUGGGUUGGGAUUGUCAGGACUAUCCGGAGAUGAUAGGAUCAGAGCUCGUUGUAUCCGGGGAUGGAGGAACAAUAUCGGCAGCUGGGGCUGGGUGGAUUACCUUGAGACGACAGGGUCAGAGCUCGGUUGUGUUCGGGGAUACGGCAGCAAUGUCCGCAGCUGGGGUUGCCUACGUUGAGUUAGGAUUGCCAUGGUAAUCUAUCCAGAGAUGAUACUAGUAGGAUAGGAGCCGGUCGUACCUCGUAUCCAAUCCUAUCAGGUGUUCGUUGCCCUGUGGUCUUUGACAAACGCCACGAUUUGCGUCAAGGCAACGGGGAUAGUAAUGAUUCGCGCGUACACGUACUGCCUUUGGUUGAUUGUAUGUACCUCGAAACUCGGGGAUGGAUACCUGAAGGUUGGCUCAAACUG